UCUUCCUUAAUCUCAUCACAUAAACCCAUCAAAAUUUCUUCAAUCUGACCUCUUUCAGACAAAAACAUGAGGAGAAGUAGGUUUGUUUCUCUUCUAUGGUUGCUGGUUUUUGUAUGCCUUGCCUCCCAAUCUAUCAAUGGUACUGAUACUAUUGAACAAGGUCAAGAAAUUGCAUACCCAAAUACAAUCAUAUCAGCUGGGGGAAAAUUUGAACUCGGUUUCUUUUCUCUGGGAAACGCCUCCAAGUACUAUGUUGGAAUAUGGCACAAAGAGUCUAACCGAAGUAUUGUUUGGGUAGCAAACAGAGAUCAUUCCUUCCCUAUUGAAUCUUCAGUUAAUCUUAGCAUUAACGGUGAGGGAAAGCUCGUGAUUUCAGAUGGUAGAAUGUUCUACAUAGUGACAAAUGUUACAACUAGCCGCAACACUUAUGCCAUGCUACUAGAUUCUGGUAACCUUGUAUUACUCAACCGCAAUACCUUGGACGUUUUGUGGCAAAGUUUUUCUGAUACCACAAAUACUAUUUUGCCUGGAAUGACUCUUCAAGAUGAUUAUGGAUUUCUUGUAUAUAAUUGGCUGAUUGUGUCAUGGAAAAGUGUGGAGGAUCCAGCCCCUGGUUCUUUCUCUUUGGAACUGAAUUUCACAAAUUUUUUAACCAUUAAGAAGGGUUCCCAAACAUACUGGACUGAUACUCGAAAUGCCUUUUGGGGGGACGAUCAGUUUGGUUGGGGCUUUACUUCGGAAUUUCUUAAUACUUCCAGGAUUACACAGAUUGUACUGGAUGACUUUGGGCAGCUUAAGCUACAGUCCUGGUCUGAAGAUGACCAACGUUGCUGUUUGGAAGGUUUCAAACCAAUUUCUGCCUCUACUUCCAUCCAGGAUGGGACAUAUGAAGUUUGUGUGAGAAAAAAAAACUUGCACUGCACCAACAGUGGAGAUCAUGCUCAGAAUGAUGGGUUUCUUCACAAAUUUUUUGUAGAUUAUCCAAGUGAUGAAUAUGUGUUAAAUCAUACAAGUAGUGCAGCAGACUGCAAGGCAGAGUGCGUGAGCAACUGUUCUUGCAUUGCUUAUGCUUAUGAUAUCAACCGUGGGUGCCUGGUAUGGUAUGGAGAUCUGUUCGAUCUGAAACAACUUCCAGAAAAUGAUGUUGAUGGAAAAAUUUUUUAUCUCAAGCUUGCAGUUUCUGAGCUAAUUACAAAUCAAAAGGAAAAAAGUGACAAGAGGCAGCUUUGGGCAAUUGUCAUACUAACCUUGUCUCUAUCAAUGCUUGUUUUGGGCUUCAGCAUUUAUUUUGUCAGCAAAAAGCUUCAAUCCAAAGGGGAGGAUUUGUUAAAAUUUGAUUUGGCUAUAAGCCGAAAAGCUGAUGACACAGACUUGAAGGAGGCAACUAAACCGGGAAUACACAGGAAAAACGAAUCAAAACUCCCAUUUUUCAGUUUUGAAAGCGUUUCUGCCGCCACAGAUAAUUUUUCAGUCACAAAUAAGCUUGGUGAGGGUGGUUUUGGACCUGUCUACAAGGGUAUAUUACUGAAAGGUGAUGAGAUAGCUGUUAAAAGGCUAUCAAGAAGAUCAGGACAAGGAUGGGAGGAGUUGAAAAAUGAAGCACUUCUCAUAGCAAAGCUCCAGCACAAGAACCUUGUCAGGCUUUUAGGCUGCUGCAUUGAACGAGAUGAGAAGAUACUAAUUUAUGAGUACAUGCCGAAUAAAAGCUUGGAUUUUCUUCUUUUUGAUUCAGUCAAACGUAGGACACUAGAUUGGAGUACACGACUUCGGAUCACUGAAGGGAUUGCUCAAGGGCUUCUUUACCUUCAUCAAUACUCUAGGUUGCGAAUUAUUCACAGAGAUUUGAAGGCUAGUAAUAUUCUGUUGGACAGCAACAUGAAUCCCAAAAUUUCAGAUUUUGGAAUGGCAAGAAUUUUUGGAGGGGAGGAAUUGCAAGCAAAUACAAAUCGAAUUGUUGGGACUUAUGGUUACAUGUCCCCUGAAUAUGCUUUGGAGGGCCUCUUCUCUGUAAAAUCGGAUGUCUUCAGCUUUGGGGUCUUGCUACUGGAGAUUGUGAGUGGGAAGAAGAAUACUGGUUUUUAUCAGUCUAAAUCUCUCCAUCUUCUUGGCUAUGCAUGGGAUUUGUGGACAAGAAACAGGGCACUGGACUUAGUUGAUCCAAUGCUGCAGGAAGUGCCUACACAUUUGGCAUUGAGAUAUGUAAACAUAGGGCUACUUUGCGUCGAGGACAAUGCAGAUGAUAGACCGACCAUGUCUUCUGUAGUCUCGAUGCUUAACAAUGAAACCAUGGCCCUACCUUCUCCUAAGCAGCCAGCUUUCUUAAAUGCAAGAAGUAUGGUGAACCAGAACUUGGUACAGAGCAGGUCAGAGAUCUAUUCUGUAAAUGAUGUAACAUUUUCAGUCUUGGAGGCUCGUUAACAUUUUAUAAGUUUCCUUAGUCGUAAGUUUUCGUCGUA